AUGGUGCAUCGCUCACUCUUCCUCUCUCUUAGACGAAGUAGCGGUUUAGCUUGUGUCCUGAGCAGAACAAGAUUUGCGUCUUCGGGCGCUGUGAGCAGUGAUUUAGUGGAAGAGAGUGUGGAAAGUGAUGACCUAAGGAGCAGAAUCUUGAGGCUAAGGCUCCCCAAACGAAGCGCCACCAACGUUCUUCAGAAAUGGGUCCUACAAGGGAAUCCUGUUACGCUCUCUCAGCUUCGGGAUAUUUCCAAAGAGCUUCGAAGAUCUCAACGUCACAAACACGCUUUGGAGAUAUCAGAAUGGAUGGUUGGCCAUGAGGAAUACGAGUUAUCAGACUCUGAUUAUGCAGUGCGCAUAGAUUUGAUGACCAAAGUUUUUGGCAUUGACGCUGCAGAGCGCUAUUUUGAGGGUCUACCUCCUGCAACAAAGACCACUGAAACUUUCACAGCCCUCCUCCAUUCUUAUGCAGGAGCAAAAUUGACUGACAAGGCUGAGGAACUUUAUCAAAGAAUAAAGGAUUCAAACCUCUACUUUGAUGCCCUUACUUACAAUGAAAUGAUGACUCUUUACAUGUCAGUGGGGCAGUUUGAAAAGGUCCCGUUGGUUGUUGAAGAACUGAAACAACAAAAGGUUUCCCCUGAUAUCUUUACCUACAAUCUAUGGGUAAGUUCCUGUGCCGCUAUUCUAAAUAUUGAUGAAGUUAGGAGGAUUCUUGAUGAAAUGAGUCAGGGCACUGGUUGUAAUGAAAGUUGGAUAAGAUAUUUGAACCUGGCCAAUAUAUAUAUCAGUGUAGGUCAUCUUGAUAAUGCAAGUUCCAACACACUUGUUGAGACUGAGAAAAGGAUCACCCAAGGGCAAUGGAUAACUUAUGACUUCUUAAUCAUUCUUUAUGGGGGGUUGGGAAGUAAGGAUAAACUUGAUCAGAUAUGGAAUUCCUUGAGAAUGACCAAACAGAAAAUGAUCAGCAGGAACUACAUCUGCAUCAUUUCAUCCUAUCUGAUACUUGGUCAUUUGAAAGAAGUGGGUGAAGUUAUUGAUCAAUGGAAGCAAUCAACGACCACAGAUUUUGAUAUCCUUCCCUGUAGAAAGAUUAUGGCUGCAUUUAGGGACACUGGUUUAGCCGAAAUAGCCAACAACUUGAAUAUGAUUCUCAUUGAGAAUAAUCUGAGUCCGGGAAAUGAUCAAGUUAGGAGUUCUUUGAACUUGAAUGUAAUGUAG